GCGAACAAUGUCUAUUUUGGCAUUACUGGUGUGCAUUGACAUUACUCGCGGAUACUGGAAGGAUAUUGUAAGAGGCUGCUGCUGGCAGAUCGGCUUUUCGGAUUGUCGACGUGGGGAUAACUGGAGGGAACUUUGGUUUAAGCCAAGUAUAUCGCGUCAGAAUGAAGUAGUACACUGUUUUGUGGCGGAGUGCGAACAUCGCGCGAAUACGUAGAAAAUAUCACGAUAGAAAUCAAAGUGUAAAGCAAACCGAAAAAUCAACGACGGCAAGAUAACGCGGAAAAAACUCACUGAGGCUUUUGCUCACUGAUGCGCUAAGAUAGAAAAUAUGCGAUUCUACGCUAUUGUUCUUAUUACAUGGGCAGCUAUAGCAGCAUCCUUGGAAUCUAACGUUACCAAAUUUAACGAUGAAAAGGUUGUCAGUUACACGGAAUUUCGAGAUUUGCCUGCAGAACAGAUAGCGCAGUCUUACUUGGAGAACGUAGAAACGAAGAAUCCCGAGAAGACGAACGUCGAGGAUCAUUCUGAUUACAAUGUGAAUGCCGAAUUAAGUAGCUCAGAUGUUAGUGCUGACGAAAAAGAAUCUAGUGAUACUUUCACUUCUAAUUCUUCUCCGCCGAUAUAUUCGACAUCGUUCACCAAAACAAUUGCGAAUUAUCCAUUUAGAAAGCAUCUGAAUUACGAGCCAAAAUACACGGUACCUGAAGACAUACUCCUGGUCAAGAAUGCUGGCAGUUUUGGACAGAGGGUUUGGGGGGAGCAAAGUCACUCUGGUGACAAGGCAAUUGUCAAAUCUACUAUUGAAACUACAAAUAGCCAGUCGACUGACAAGUAUACGAAUUUCCAAAAGUCCUUCAACAGCAGUGUAUCUCUCGAAAAUGAAGAUGACCGCGGGGAACUUUACGUAUCAAUCACGCAUGAACCGUUUGCAUAUGUGCAAAGAAAAGAAAACAUUUCGGACAAUUUAUCUUCCGAUAAUCCUCAAAUAAUUGAAGAUCCUAAUACAAAGAAUUUUGAUGAAAAUUUUGAUGUCAGGAGCAUAAUAACGGAAAACUCGCCGCUAGGAUCAUCUGAAACGUAUCAUGAUGUUGCGGAUAAAAUUACGAAAAAAUCUACGGAAUUUGUCAAGAAAUCCGAGAGCGUCGACAGAACACCGACGUCCGUAGAAAUUAGUCCUUUACAAAUAAGGAAAUUCUCGGCUCCCAUCGUAGUGCCUGACUUGCCUGACAGCGAGGAUUUACCUCAGGAUGUAGUUGAUUAUUUGGAUGAUAACGACGCAUCCAAGUCAGUCGAGAAUGCCAAACUUAUCUCAAAGAUUGACGCCGAGCCUUCCAAGGCGGCAACGGCUUCCAUAACGACAUCAUCGAUCAUGUUGAAUCCUUUGCAGGUCGGAAUCACUCUGAUGAACGCCGAUGAGACCGAUUUGAUGGAUAACAGCGAGCAAUCUGCCGCAAUGGACACAAAUAAUUAUUUUCAAAAUAAUUUACAACGUUUAGCAACUGUAAAUGAAGAGUUCAUCAACAGAAAUCAAUCACGUGUUGAUUGUAAAAAUGAGAACUUUCAAUGUGACGAGAAAGAUAAGUCUAUUGGCGUUGUCGCACAGAAGAUUCCUGAUAAUUCUGUCGAGAUUCAAAAGUCUAUCGAGCUCUACUAUGCCGCGCCGAUACAUGAGAUUCAUUAUCCCGCAGAAUACAUCCAAUCUUCCAAUCUUGAUAUCACCAAAACAAACAAUGCCCAAAGAUCCAAGCAACAGUACGAUCAAGGUAACCAUCAAGUUGAUAGGAACAUUGUCAAGACACAUGCAUUUGGACUACCGCAGAAACACAAUCGACACGAGUACAAUACUCUUAAGGAUGACGCUAGCAAGACGAUCGGGCAAGACGCUUCGGCUUUGAUUGCCGAAUCAAGUAUUCACGAACAAACGCCUCAAACUUUGGAAUCGCAGUCAUUUAAAUACAACAAUGUGCAGCCUGUUAAACCAUACAUAUCGAGUACAUAUCGAGAGCAGUUGCACUUAAAUAAUCCGUUCCGAUCAUCGGAAAUAAAGCGACCAGAAACUCCGCAACUUCUUCUCAAGAUUAUUCCCGAAGGAUCAUCCGCGAACGACGGGUUCUUGGUGCCAAUUCCGCAGCCCUAUCCGAUCGAAAAGAUCGUCGAAAAGACCGUCCAUGUGCCACAUUCAAUCGAAAUUGAGAAAGUAAUUGAAAAAAAAGCGCCAAUCCCGGUACAGGUACCAGUUGCAGUAUCGCAGCCGUAUCACGUGCGCGUGCAAGUGCCAAUCGAUCAUAUUGUGGAGAAGCAGAUUCGCGGGCCGCAUCUCUAUCCAAUCUACAUCGAGAAGAGAAUACCUUACACGGUCAAACGACUGCAAUCUUCCGCAUAUCCGCAACACAUGAAAUUACCGGCAACUUAUUCGAUUGAGAAGUCGCCGUCGCAUGUGCCAAUAGAGAAAGUCACGGAAAAGCCGGCUUUCUCACUGCCUUCUCGGCUGUCAUAUCGCGUGAAUACGGAUAGACCGAUCGACAAUAACGGCGCGAUCGAGACCAAAUCCAAUAAAUAUCAGCACAAGUUACGCGAGUCGGUUUUUAUCGGCGGAAACGCAAAUUCUCGCGAUAAAAAUACCGUUGAUAGUUUCACCUUUGAACCACACCAAAGCGAAACGAAUACAUCGCAAUUCUAUAGCGAUCUAUACAGCGGGCCGUGGUCGGCGUACGACCACGACAAGAGCUAUAUUCCGACGGAGCACUUGAAUGCAGUCAAAUUGAUGAUACUGCCAAAAAAGUUUAACGAUCACAUAGUGUUACGACCGCACAUGAUCGCACCCUCGUACACUGUGGUGCCGAGGUCCUUCAAACGACAGAUUCUGUAUAAUCUGUUGGAGAAAGACAAAGCGACAAUCAAAGACGCGGGCCUUACGUCUCCGCGUAAGACCACGCAGGACAAGACUGCGUUUUCUCAGAUAAAAUUUUCGCCGCAGUUCUCCGCAAGUAACACGCAAAUCUCGGCGAUGACAGCUACUUUAAGAAGGUCUAGGCAGCCAGAAGCGCGGUAUACCGGAAAUUUCAGGCAGUCGAAGAUGGAAUACGGUUUUAAGCCUCCUAUGAUACCGUCCGUUCAGUACGAUGAAAAAACCGGUAGCAAAGUAGAAAAUUGAUGCGAUUUCUGACAGCGGUAGCGGUGUAUGUUUGCUCUGUAUCGGCACUUUUCAUCUUUUCACUCGUAAUCACAAUACUGUUUGCAUCAUUCAAAUAUGAAAAAUCUUUUUCACCAUUUAGCGUUUCAGGUGUUUUUUUUUUCAAUAUAUUUUUUGUGCUCUUAGUAUGAAUUUUGA